AGUGGGUGGAGCCAGUGGGCUCCACCCGCGCCUCCUCCGGCUCGGCUACAACCUACUUUCUGCGGAGUCGUUCCAGACAGGUGAGAGAGGAACUUCUAAGACCGAUGCUGGUGAGCACCAAAGUCCCAGGCAGGGCCAGCCAGGACUGGGUCUUGGAUGGUGUAGAAAGAGCUGGAAGGGACACUGCAAAGAAGAAGGAAGAAGGAAGGAAGGCAGGGCCAUUACACAGAGCCUGGGGAGGGGCCAUGGUGCCAAGACAGUUUUGGGGGAGACUGGAGAAGCCACUUCUCUUCCUGUGCUGCGCCUCCUUCCUCCUGGGGCUGGCUUUGCUGGGCAUACAGCCAGACAUCGCCCCUGUUGCUUAUUUCUUUCUCACCUUGGGUGGCUUCUUCUUGUUUGCCUGCCUCCUGGCCUGUAUUCUGGAAAGGGGGUUCCGAUCAAUGCAGACCGAGAAUUCGGGGGCCUCAAGCAAUGCACGCGACAACGAGGCCUUUGACGUGCCAACCUAUGAAGAGGCUGUGGUGUUGGAAUCACAGUGCCGCCCCCAAGAGCUGGGUCAACCACCCCCCUACAGCAGUGUUGUAACCCCUCCAGUACUUGAGGAAGGACAGCCUGGCCAUCCAGAGGGGCCCGAAAGAGCUAGACUGGAAAGGCGAGUGGGCUCAGAGGGAUCUAUGACCUCAGGAAACCCUGGAAGAGCUCCAAUCAGCCUUCGGCUUCGGGGACCCCGAGCUGUGUCCACUGCUCCUGAUCUGCAGAUCUUGGGGAUGCCCCCCAAACUGGAGCCUCUUACCCCACCCCCUGACUAUGAUGUCAGCUUUGGUCAACCUGAUGAUGUUUUCUUUGAAAACAACCGGACACCCCCCUAAGAGACUAUGCCAGGAUAUACCCUCUCUGCGCCAGACUCAUUCAUUCAUUUGACCAACAUUUCCCAGUGCCUGCCACGUAUCAGAAACUCUGUUUCCACGUGGGGAACUUAACACAGAGGGGAGUCAGGCUAUCCUAAGCCUCUCCCAGCUGAGAUGUACAUAGCACUGUUGGAGUCUUCGAGUAACAUUCAGUGACCUACCCCAUAUCCAAUAUUUCCAGAGUUAGACGAGUAUGAGAGGAGUGACCCAGAGAAUCUGGAGAAGGAAGAAAAGAAACAUCUGAGUGACAGCUAUGCUGCUUCUGUUCUGGGUGCUUCAUCUCUAUUAGCACAAGAAGACUUUCCCAGCCUUGUGAGGUAUUACUGCCCUCAUUUGAAAAAUAAGGAUCCCAAGGGUCAGAGGAGUUUGAUAAUUUGCACAGGGGCACACUGCUAGUAAAUAGCAUAAAAAUGUUUACUCUUCUGA